AUGGUGUCUGUACUUUCCUACAAUGACAUAGGUGGUGGGAGCAAAUGCGAAAGGUUCCUGGUACAAGACAACUUCGUGCUGGGAGCAGUUCACUGUAAUGGAAGAAAAAUAAGUGUCAUCCUGGGUGCUCACAAGAUCAGAAAAAUGGAAAACAGCCAGCAGGUCAUUCCUGUGCUCAAAUCCUUCCCUCACAACGAUAAUUCAAAGGUCAACGACAUCAGGCUACUGAAGCUGCAAAACAAGGCUCAACUCAAUUGGGCUGUGAAGACCAUCACUCUGCUGCAGAGCCAGGACUGGCUGAGGCCGGGGCAGGUGUGCAGUGUGGCAGGCUAUGGGAAACAGGCAAGUGGCAAAAAGGCAAACACACUCCAGGAGAUGGAUCUAGAAGUACAGAAUGAGCAGAAGUGCAAGGACCUCUUCAAAAACUACAACUCCAUCCAGCUGUGUGUGAGGAACCCUAACAACAAGAAGGCCACUACAAGCGGGGACUCCAGGGGCCGCCUCGUGUGUAACAACAUGGCCCAGGGCAUUGUCUCCUUUGGAAAAAGAAAUGGGAAACCUCCACAUAUCUUCACCAGGAUCUCAAGCUUUUUGCCCUGGAUAAAAAGCACAAUAGUUCAGGCAGCAGGGACCAGACUCAGGUGCCCCCAGGAUUGA